CUGCAGCAUAACGAACUUCGCUUAGCAACAGAAUUAUGACGGAGGUCAACAACUUGGUCUCUCUCUUGGUCUCUGAUAAAUUCGCUUUCGUUCAACCUGAUGCCCGAAAAUUCUCGCUGUUAACCAACAUGCUUAACAAACGGCUGGAAGAUGGACAAGGGGAGUGUUUUCUUGAGCUCGGUAUUGGAGACGGUCAGUCUCCUGGACUGUUACCAGAAGAUUUAAAUCACAGUGUGAAUACCACCGAACGCCUGGCGGAAGCUCUGAAGGUAAAGCUGAUUCAUUUGCGAGAUAGGGCAGUGAGUGGUUCUGCUCUCGAGAUUCAAUCUCGCAUUGAGAACAAUGGACCUGCAUGUGGUAGUACGUCGUCAGAAUCUACUCCAAUUUCCUUAUCAUUCCCUUCUUACUUGGUUCACAAUGAGUCUGCUGAAGGCUGUGUGCAACUGCAAAGCUCAUCGUACCAACCCAGUCCAGAUCGCUCCGCACCAACACCUAGCACAGACGUUUCUUCUGUAACCGGUCCUGUCGUGCGGGAGUAUUUACUCCGAAAGGAAACACCUGCGGAUGACUUUGUAGAUGUCCGGGUGGCCGUCGUGGGAAAUGUCGAUGCUGGCAAGUCGACAUUACUUGGUGUGCUAACUCAUGGCGAACUGGAUAAUGGGCGCGGACAGGCCCGUCUCCGUUUACUGCGCCAUAAACACGAGGCAGAAUCUGGUCGCACAAGUUCGGUCAGCAACGAUAUACUCGGCUUUGAUACAACCGGACAGGUUGUCAACAAGCCUUUGCAUGGUCAAUUGGAUUGGCUGAACAUUUGCAAGGCAUCCGCGAAAGUCAUUACUUUCAUCGACCUUGCUGGGCAUGAGCGUUACCUGAAGACCACAAUUUUCGGAAUGACCGGACAUGCUCCAGACUACGCUAUGUUUAUGGUGGGGGCGAACGCUGGCGUAAUCGGAAUGGCCAAAGAGCAUUUAGGUCUUGCUCUAGCGCUUGGUGUCCCGGUAUUCGUAGUUGUCACAAAAAUAGACAUGUGCCCUUCCAAUGUAUUUCAAGAGACAAUGACUCUGCUUUUCCGAAUUCUCAAAUCUCCCGGGUGUCGGAAAAUUCCACUUCUUAUUUCGUCUAAGGACGAUGUGAUCUGCUCCGCCACUAAUUUCACCUCCGAGCGGAUGUGUCCCGUGUUUUCGGUCUCCAACGUAACAGGCGAAAAUUUGGAUCUGUUGAAAAUGUUCCUCAAUCUUCUCACCCCACGUUCGCAGCCUCGACUAACCGAUCCUGCACAUUUCCAAGUCGACGAUAUCUUCUCUGUGCCGGGUGUCGGUAAUGUAGUCUCUGGUACUUGCCUCUCCGGGGUUAUUCGUUUGAACGACAUUCUUUUACUUGGCCCGGAUCCAGUGGGUCAAUUCACCCCAGUCCCUGUCAAAAGUAUUCAUCGGAAACGUAUGCCGGUUACUUAUGUUCGUGGUGGCCAAACGGCAUCUUUUGCGCUGAAGAAGCUUCGCCGGAACCAGCUGCGUAAGGGAAUCGUCCUCCUUUCACCGGAGCUAAAACCGCGAGCAUGUAUUGAGUUCAUGGCCGAAGUUCUAAUUCUCCAUCAUCCAACCACCAUUUGGGUGGGCUACCAGGCCAUGGUACAUGCUGGACCUGUACGUCAAACAGCGACGAUUUUGGCGUUGAGUGGACAAGAAAGGUUGCGUACUGGAGAUAAGGAUUUGGUUCACUUCCGAUUUAUGAAGUAUCCGGAAUAUCUAUAUCCAGGUCUGAGACUGAUAUUUCGCGAAGGUAAAACAAAAGCAGUUGGUACCGUCAAGGAAACUAUUCCUCUGGCCGACGCUGCACCACAAAACCUUCGAAACCGGGCACUCAGGAAGCUAACCCCACAAAUUUCGAGCAAAACUACUCCUCCUCGACCUCCUGUUGCACUGCCCCUGAGUGACAUUCCUGGCGCCUGUGCAGGCGAAACUGCUGGCACCGUAUAUGAUAGCGUCGAUCAGAAAUUGUUGGAUCCACACAGACCAGCCUAUUCUAAACAGCGGAAACACUAUAAGCCCCAUAAAGAUACUACCUUAAAACACUCAUAUAAUACCCCCCAAGAUCCACCGUCAUCUAACUGAGUUAAAACGUUCUUUGCCUUGAUGCAAUGUGAAGCUUUCAACAUAGGAGGUGGAUCUUAGUUUUCCCAUUACUCAUGGUUUUUACGCCACAGGCAGCGGGAUCAGAUCACUACCAGGUACUACCCUCUGGUUUUCCGGUGCAUUUCAUGUUCCACUCGCACAUCGCACCUGCAGAUGAUACUUUCUUCGCAGUCCCUUUUUGUACAGCUCAUAUCUCCGUACACCACUUUUCUUGAGAUUAUUCGCCGUGAUGCCCGACCAUCCACUGAAUCCAGCUGACUGUUAUCAUAUGUUUAGAUGGUCGUUCGAAAAAUGUUCGCAUAUUCCAUGUAUUCUGUUUUGUUUCCUGAGCUUGUUUCCUACUCCGCCCACCCCUUACUGAGAUACGUUUAUAUUUGCAUGGGAGGAUGUAUGUACGUCAGUUGCGUUGUACAAGUAUUUUACAGUUGAAUCAUCUCGGUGUGGUGAGUUGCAGGGUACUGUAGUUCUGGCAUAUAAAUUCACAUUCCCCAUGGUUUUUCCUUGACAACCAUCUCUGUGAAACAGUAAUAUCAAAAGUUGAAAAACGAGAGCUUUACACAAGGGUUUAGUCUUUUCUAGUGCUUUCCUGUCCAUAGACUGUUCCACAAGCUGUUACGCUGCUUUCCCUGAUAUCCAAGUGACCCGCUUUCUUGGAUGGUCUUUUUUUCAGUGUUUGCUCAUGGUGUUCUAAGGCUGACAGUUCAAUAUGAUCUGUCCGCUGUUGUACCCUUCCAUCGUCUCCUGAAAAUAUUGACUUGUUUUGCUGUCUUCGUAAUUUUACUCCGGCUUUGAUUUGUGGGAGCCUCACACUGUUCCUGUGAUAUGCUUUUUCUCGACAGUUUUCUGAGAAUUUUGUGUAUGCACAUCGUGAUGGCUUCAACGGGAGAUAUUUGUCUGCAAGUAAUGUCCUUAAGCUUGACUUUAGUGCCCCCCAUUCUGCUAAGGUUCCUGGUCCCAGCGAAGGGUUUUCGUUAUGACAGAAUUGCUUUACCUCUAGAAGCUUAGGUAACUUUUGUUUUGAAAGCAUGGUAGUUUUGUUUGUUAUUUGUUUCCACGAUUCCCGCCGUAUCAGGGCCAAUUUUGAGUACAUGUGUUGCGGGUCGGAUACAAUAAGCCAUGGCAAAUUGUUGUUCACUGUCCUCAGUUGCGAGAGUUCUUCCGAUGCUAUUUGAGAAAAAGCACCCUCAUGCAGUGUCUUCCGGAGAACACAUGGAUACUUCGCUUCAUUUGUCAUUGGUAUUACUGCCUCACCCUCUUCUAAUUGAGUGAGCAAUUGCAGUCGUGCCAAGGCUAUUAAGUGUUGUAGAUACCUUUCUUCCGUCGAUCCAACUUCGUGAUUGAAACUCAGUCCCUGUGCUAAAAGACCCCCGCGCCAAUCUUCCCCCUCCAGGACGAUUUUAUCUAAUGAGAAAUUUAAAUAGCUUGUUUUUUUCAGCGGUGCUUGUGGGGAAAAAUUUCCUUGUUUACCUUGGACAUGUCGUGAACCACGUUUCCAUGACGCAUGCUUUAAAUCAUUGCGUCUAAAUUUCACUAAUAAGUUCUUAUAUAUAUCUGUGUAUUUCGGUUGGUCUGUUUCCAGCAUAUCUUCACUACCUUCUUGAGGCCAAGUCCACCUUUGGAUGAGGUUCACUUCGACUGUAUCCUGUGCGUAGUUAUACACUUCACUAGCUGCUGACUGAUACAGCUCAAUGAUUUGUGAUGGAUUUGAUCCAUCCUCCGGUACUAACACUGUCUGCCUUUUAUUCGGAAUACGUUUUUGUGUCACGUGGUGUAUUCGUGAAUUCCCUCCUUGAUAACGAAUUGUAAGGCGAUCAAGUGCACCCUGUUUUAAUAGCCGCCUGCUCAGUUUCGUACACUUUUUAUGUAAAAUACCCAGGCGCAAUAACGUAGGCCCCGAUAGUGGCAUCGCCAGGAGCCUUAUCAUACCGGCUUUAGUGACUGAGCUCACCGAAUUCGGAAUCUGAUACAAUCGACGUGGUCGAUUCGAGCGCCUACUCACGUCACACUCUACCUGGGUCUCCAACUCUAACCGUAUUUGUCGGUGCAUCUCCUUCAGGUAUUCUUCUCUUCUUAACUGGUUAUAAGACGAUUCUGUUGUGAAGUGGGGAUAUGUAUGUUCAAGCCGACAUCCUGUGAAUCGUCUCACCUGUGUCCUGUGGUUGGCUGGCCUGCAGGCUCUCGGAGAGAUCCUCGAAUCCACUCCUAGAUCCAAAUCAUUUUCGCCUCUAUUUAACGUUAAAAUUCUCGUCCUCCCACAGGUAUUCACUAGACCUGACGCUGUUAGGUUAUAUGUAUGAUUGGUACUGUUGUGUCUGUAUGGUCUCCGAUAUAUAGUCGGCAAAUAUACAGUUGCUAUUGCAUCUGGUGUAACACGUUUAACUUCCGUUUUCGCCUCGCCGGACUUGCCUGCUAAGUGACUUAAGACAAUAAAUUGUGACCGUCUUUGAACCUUUUUUGUCGAAGCGCCGUUCUGGCAUUUUUCUAGGUACGAUCCAAAUAGAUGAAUAGGUCUAAAAGGGAUACGCGCAGUGGUUGGUCGGCUAUGUAGUGUUCCACUUUCUGGUGGGGAAGUUUCGAGUUCACUUGCAUUUGAACCAAGCAGUUUCGUAUGUUCAGGUUCAAUGCACACUGUCUCUUCCAACUUUCCGCUCAUUUCGUCGGCAUCUUUUUGCGUGCGGAAGCCUUCUGGUGAGUUAUUGGAAUCCAUCUUGUUCUUUUUCGCAUAUAUCAACUUCAGGAAGCGCCCGAAAAUUCCACAACCUUGCCAUUCCAUAGCUUUGAGUUUCUG